GAACAGAUGUUGUGAUUGUUAAAAACGGCAGAAGAAUAUGUGGCACGGGAGGCUGCUUAGCCAAUGCACCUUUGCAUCAGAACAAGAGCUAUUUUGAGUUUAAAAUCCAGUCCACAGGGAUUUGGGGUAUUGGAGUUGCAACCCAGAAAGCAAACCUGAAUCAAAUUCCACUUGGUCGAGAUGUCCAUAGCCUGGUGAUGAGAAAUGAUGGAGCUCUCUACUAUAACAAUGAGGAGAAAAACAGACUACCAGCGAACAGCCUUCCUCAGGAAGGUGAUGUGGUGGGCAUUACAUAUGACCAUGUAGAAUUAAAUGUAUAUUUAAAUGGGAAGAAUAUGCAUUGUCCAGCUUCAGGAAUCCGAGGGACUGUCUACCCAGUGGUCUAUGUUGAUGACAGCGCCAUUCUGGAUUGUCAGUUCAGUGAAUUUUAUCACACACCUCCACAAGGGUUUGAAAAGAUCCUUUUUGAGCAGCAAAUCUUCUGAAUGUCUUCGUACUGAAAAUUUGCACCCUGUACUGUUACAACAGCUUUGUCAAUUUAAAUAAAGCUUCACUUUAUGUUUAGGAACCAUAUCUGUAUUUUAAGUAAGUACUUGUGACUGUGGUCUGCAGAAUUAAUGUGUUAACUGCAACACCAGGUAACUGUGCUGCAAGUAUGAGAUUUCUGGCAAUGGUUUGUAGUUGAAAAUGAGUGUUUGGGGCACGGUUUUUCUCCAAUUUGUACUUAAUGCAUAAGGAUACUAAGGAUAUUAUUGUCAUCAGUAUUACAUUCAGUGUUUUGAAUAAACUGGAGCUCUGUAAAGCUCCAGUUCAUAAAGUUCUUAUGCAUACAAUAGCUAUGGAGAUGGAUGGUUCUCUUGAUUAUUUUUUUCCCCCAAUUCUUUUCACCAGAAGUUAAGUGCUUAAAGGGAGCACUGUGUGUCCAGCCUGUGAUUUGGAGUUAUGGUGUCCCAGUUGUGCACAGUGACUAAUUGUACAAUGGCAUAACUAGCAGAUAGAUACUUUGUUUGCAAGGGAUUAUUGAUCCCAUUCCCUCAGUCUUAGACAGGCAAAUGUAACUUAUUUAUUUCUCCUAGCUUUUAAUUUGCUUUUACUGUCAC